UUUCGGGGCGGCGCGUUUCGUUUUCGUUUUCCUGAAGGACAGCGAGCACCGCCUGGGCUGAAGGGGAAUUGGAUAGGAUUCUGCGCGCAUCCAGACGAUCCUGGCCCCGCGGUUUCCCCACUCCCCUCGCCUCCCCUUGUAAUGCAGGUUGAAGUGGCAGAUGGCUCUUUGACUCCUGUGGCCACAUCAGCUUUGUCAUUACCAUUGCACCCUACUUCGAAGGCAUCAGUAAAGUCGCUCUAUGAUGGACAAAUCUGCACAUUGCCAGGCCGACUCAGAAUCCAACCCUUUCUAUGGAGCAAAGAUGAUGUGAUUCACUGGCUAAGAUGGGCUGAAAAAGAAUAUUCACUCCGGAAAUCUGAUGAUAGUAACUUUGAAAUGAAUGGAAAAGCCCUUUGUAUUCUCACCAAGGAAGAUUUCAAAUUUCGGUCUCCUAAUUCAGGAGAUGUCUUAUAUGAAUUACUCCAAUACAUAAAGACCCAGAGAAGAGCCCUUGUGUGUAGCCCUCUCUUUAACAUUUCCUUUUGGGAUACAGACCAUAACCUGACCCAGAGCACUGCAGAAGGUACCAAGUGCAAUUUAGAAGAUUUCCCAGCUAAGGUCCCUGUGUUGCCUUCAGAAUAUCCAACGAUCUUCACUAGUCAUGAAGGUUACUCGAACUCAUCUCAGUCUUUCACCAAGACACUGUCUACUCCUGGGAUGACACCUCUUGCUUAUAGCAACCCAGAGAUCAGCCAUGGUGGAAACAUUUGCUCUUUUCCUGUAAAAUCUGCUGCUCCUGUCAGGGGGAAAAUAUCAGACUGUAGGUUACUUUUGGAUUACAUCUACCGGCUCCUCUCUGAUAGCCAGUAUGAAUCAGUUAUCAAGUGGGAAGACAAAGAAACCAAGAUCUUUCGGGUUGUAAAUCCCCGUGGCCUUGCUGGACUCUGGGGUAAUCACAAGAACCGAAGGAAUAUGACAUAUGAGAAGAUGUCAAGAGCGUUGAGGCAUUAUUAUAAACUCAACCUCAUCAAAAAGGAAGCUGGGCAGAAAUUAUUAUUCAGAUUCCUAAAAGUUCCUGGAGAAAUAAAACAGUACACAACCAGUAAAUUGGAGUAGCUGAACAAUGAAGAGCAGAAAGGAGAGGACUCAAAAAAUUUACCAGAAAUUUCAUUGUAGACAUUUGCCAAUUUUGCCAUGCCAUAGUGGCAUCAAGAGCUUGUGUGGGAAAAUAUUUGCUGUCUAUAUGAAGACAGAAAACAAAACAAGGCCUUGGGGAAUUGUGCAUCCUGCAAAUUAAAUGCAAAGAACUAAUCCAUUGGAUUUCUGCUGUCAAACGUAAUAGAAGCAUUUGUGUAAAACAAAAGUUUUAAACUGAAUCUGCAAAUCAGUUCUAGUUCCUUUGUCAGUCAUGCUGCUGUAGAAUUUCUUAGCAUUCUCAAAGAUACUCUCCUACCCAUGUAAAAAUAUCUCGUGGGAAAUUAAGAAGUUUUUUCAUUUGGAAAAAAACAACAACAGAAAGCCCCAUAUAUUUGCAGUGAUCAUUGUGUUACAGACCUUGGAAAUCUUGUAGUUCAACUCCCUGCUCAAGCAAGAGACAUAGCAUUCUGGACACAUGGCCGUCUAAUCUCUUCUUAAAAACCUCCACUCACGGAGCACCCACCCAUUCCAGUGAUUAAUUGUUCUAACUGACAGGGAAAUUCUCCUUAAUGCUAGGUUGGAUUUUUCUUUAAGCUUUUAUCCAUUACUUCUUGCCUUGCCCUUAGGUGCUUUGAAAAAUAAGUUGACCCCCCUCUUCUCUGUGACAGCUCAAAUAUUGGAAGACCGCUAUCAGGCCACCCCUAGUUUUACACUUCAUUAGACAAGAUAUUCCAAAUUCUCGCAAUCAUUCAUUGUAUGCUUUAACCUUCAGUCCCCUAAUAAUCUUUGUUGCUCUUUGUUGUACUUUUUCUAGAGUUUAACAUCUUUUUUUGUACAGUGGCUAUAAAAACUAGAGGCAAUAUUCCAUGUAUGGUCCUACAGUAUAAAGUGGCACUAACAUCUCAUGUAAUUUUGGUACUACCCCUCUGUUGAUGCAACCUAGGACUGCAUUGGCUUUAUUGGCAACUGUAGCACACUCCUGGCUCAUACUUAGUGGCUGAUUCCUAGAUCCCUCUCACUUGGAGCACAACAGGAGAGAGGAUACUACAGAGUACAAGAUCUCUUACUCUGUAGUGGACUUCCUCAGAAGAAAAGGCUGGGAGUGGUAUGGGAGCACAUUGUGAUCUU